AUGUCAUUAGGAAAGAGAUAAUUAUCAGGUUCAAAGUUAAAAUUUGAUGCUGAUUAUUAUAAAAAUGUACCAGACCAACUAUAAAAAAAAAGACCUGGUUCAGGUUAACCAUAAUCAACUAUUACUUCUCCAUUACCUCCUAGAAAACCAGUUUAUUCUGGGAAGUUAAGAAAUAUUAUACCCACUUCAGAAAAUGUUAAUUAAUAACAACGCAUAAUUAAAACCAGCAAUAGUUAAUAAAAAUAAUAAUUAAAUCCAUCAGUUAGUCAAUCUUAAUUACCAGGAGUAGUAUGAAAAUUUAUUAUUUAUUUUAUAGGUGAACUCACUUAAAAUUAAUAAGCCUCCAUUGUAAUUAGAUAGAAAACUUAUUUUACCUAAAUAGAAUACAUCAUCAUAAAUUUCAAUUAAAAGUUCCUAAGUUUCUAAUCAAAUAUCAACUGGAGAAAAAAAAAUUAUUUAAAAAUUAAUUGAAAAACCAGGCACUUUAACUAGUCCAGGAUUAAAUGAUAAAUAAUUUACAUGGAAUAAUUAAAUUGAACUUAUAGUAACUUAAUCAGAUUUUGAAAAUGUAAAUAUUUUAAUAUAGCAAGAAAAGAAGGCAAAUAUCGCAUGAGAAAUUAAAAUAAAUACCAAACAAACAUUUUUAAUAAUAAUAAACUAUUGAUUAAAAAAAACCUACUUAACCCAUAAUCUAAUAAACAUAAUAAUCUCAUAUUGUAGUUCCAUAACAUAGAUAAUUUAUUUAACCAUAAUAAAUUUAAAAGAAAUAAGAUUUAAAUCUUAAAUAAUUAAAAAAUAGUUAAUCUUAAACAUAGUUAUAAACAAGCUAACCUAAAUGUUUUAUUGAUUUUACAAUGACUUCUGGAAAAAAUGAUCUGUAAUAAAUCUUUUAAUCAAUGAAAAUGGAAUUAAAAGAAGCGUCAUCAUAUGGUGAAUAACAUCCAAAUUUAAAUAUGAGUGGUAAAAAUAAAAUAAUUAUUAUUCCUAUAGAAAUUUAAGAACAAUCUGAUGAUGCCAAUUCAUCAUUAGCUUAAAGUACUUUAUAUUAAAAGUGA